UUACAAUAAUAGGUUGUGCCUCAUUAUGUAUUAUAAUACAAAGGUCAACCAUCGGGGUCAAGUUGCGCUCACUAUAGUAUAACGAUACAUCACGCUUGACUUGCUCAUUAACUCUAUUGUAUAAGGAAGUUAAUCAUUCAUAAAGACUUUGUGCAGAUUUAUCCAGUAAAAUGGGUGGCUUUCAAUCAUCUGAACCUGACGACUAUGAAACAAAUAGUUCAAAAGAGAAGCAACCCGGUUAUUCACCAAAAUAUCAGCAUCAUACACAACAUCCGUAUAAUCAGGACCCACAGCAAAAGCAGCAACAACUUUAUCCACAACCGCAGGAUAGACAACAACAACAUCAACUACAACAACAACAACAUCGCAACAUUUUUUCCGUGUCGACAUCUGAAUUGUUAGAAUAUUUGGAUCGUGAAUUUUCGACAACCGUUGACAUUAUUCGAACCAUGAGAAAAGAGAAAAAAUUUGAUGAUGAUGGAAGGAGUUACAUCUGUGAAGUAAUGAUUGAGAAGGAACAUUUGCUCCGAAGAUUAAAUAACAACACGGACAUAAUAACAGAAUUGCAACAAGAGCUGAGUAUCUACAAACGAGAUCUUGAAAAAGAAAGGGCAGCCAGAGAAAAUAUGAAACAGCAUCUGGAAGAAGUAAAGACGGAAAAAGCUGCUUUAAAUAUGAGGCUCAGUAAAAUUGCUGGGGAUAGGCUUGUGCGAGACAAUCCAUCUAUAACAGAUCUAAGUGAUCGUAACAGACCAAUAAAGAUCGGUGAGAUGUACAGCGAAAUAUACGACAACGAAUGGACAGAUGCCUUCGAAGCAUUAAACAAUGCGGGGUAUAGUGACCAAGAUGCCAUUGAGACCUUGCGUUUGACACUUCUGAACGUUUUUCAGUUCUGUAGCAAAAAGGCGGAGUCACUUCUAAAGAAAACAGAGGAAGCUGUUAACAUUUUAUUUGAAGAAUACAAGGCAACGGAGCAGAAGAAAGACAUGAGCCAUUUAACAAUGCCAAAGAACCUUUCCGAGCAAUGGGGUAAAUUAAUUCGCCGAUCGUCGUUUACUGAUGAUCUUGGAACUAUAGCUUUACAGGACAAAUGGAAGCCAAAUAUUAAAGGAUAUCAAGGACUAAAUCAUGAUCAAACUAUUUUAAAGGCAUACAUGUCUGCAAGCUGGAAUGCAAAAUGUAUUUAUGCGUUAAAACCUUUCAUCAAAAAAUGUAUAUUUCUUGGAUGGAUGAUGGUUGUGCAGUCACCACCAAUGAUCUUGGCAGAGUGUAAACCAGGUGAAAACUUUCAAAAGGAAGCGUACAAAGAGUACACUCAACGUGGGAGUAUAAUUAACUAUGUGGUUUGGCCAGCUCUACUACUGAAUCAAGGCGGUCCAGUUGUCGGAAAAGGCGUUGCACAAGCAAAGAAACUUAAUUAGCUUUAGGGAAAUUUAAAUAUUUUUACGUUGACUUUGAAAAAAAUACUGUUUUUCUACUGUUUUUAUUUUUUAACAACAUUAAUUUUUCAACAUAACCAGGUGCUGCAUAUGAUCGUUUUAUUCGUCCUACUGACACAACCUAGUGUUGAAAAGUCUCAUAAGUACACGUAAAUGUCAAGCGAAUUUCGUCAUAAGGCAUGAAAAUCAUGAAAAAAAGAAAAGAAAUUAACUUCUUUAUCCUGUCAUAUUUCGAGAACAAAUUAAAUUUCGAACAUAAAUCAGUGAACAGUCAAUAUCUUCACCUCUGUAUCCUUAUAAAUGAUAUUUUCUCGAUCUAUAAAAACAGCAUUUGUAUGUGCUUUGUGACUUUGAAAAUAUUGGUAGAGGUCGUAUAUAAAUGAAAUGAUG